CUACCACCUUCUCGACGCGCCAAACCUGCCUCUCACCUCCCCCCAUCAUGGCACCCGCCCCCGAAUCACAGCAGUCGACCAGCCAGGCGCAGAAUCAGCCCCUGCCCCCGGGCAUGAUCCUGGGUCCGGACGGCAAGCCCUGCAAGAUCUGCACGGCGUUCCGCGACUGGAAACCCCCCAAGACCGCGGCGCAGGCGAAGCCCGCGACGUCUGACUCCGCUUCCUCUUCAUCCUCUGGCACCUCAUCCGCUGCCGCAGCCGCAGUAGCAAGCCUCGCUGUUGCCGCCGCGGCGCGCCGCGACUGCCCGCCCGACGUCGAGGUCCUCGGCCGCGCGACGUGGACGUUCCUGCACACUACCGCCGCGUAUUACCCCGAGCGCCCCACCGCGCGGCAGCGCGCGCACAUGCUCUCGCUCAUCCACUCGCUGCCGGUCUUGUACCCCUGCUCGCACUGCGCGGGGGACUUCGACGAGGACGUGAAGGUGAACCCGCCGGAUGUGAGCACGAGGGUGGCGCUGAGCCGGUGGCUGUGCGAGCGGCAUAAUGCGGUGAAUGAGAAGCUAGGGCGGGCGAAGUUUGACUGCUCGAUUCAGAGCACGGAUGCGAGGUGGAAGGAUGGGCCGGCGGAUGGAAGUUGUGAUUAGGGGAGGGGAGAGGUUCAUGAUCAUUACUACACUUCCAGUGCAUACGGACAAUGCACAUAUAUCACCACUUACAGCGCUUUGCGCUAUUCUGCGGAAUCGCCGCAACGAACUGCGGCGUGUCAUGCUUGGCUUCAGCUUCCCGGCAGCUGCCGUCGGGCGCUGACCCUUGGCCGAUUUCAUGCUUUCCUCGGCCGACGUGCG